AAGCGCUCCGCGGUGCUGCACCCGCGGCGCCGCCAUUGGCCGGCAGAGGGACGCGGAGAAGGAGGCAGAAGAUGGCGGCAGGCGGCGGCGCGGCGAGGCGCUGUUGGCGGAGCGGCGCGGGGCUGGCCCGGGCAGUGCGUGGAGUCUGCGGGAGCGCACGGGCGACGGCGGCUCUGCGGGCAGAGGAGCUGGCGGAGCGGCUGCGGAAGAGCGAGGAGCAACAGCGAGAGAUCCCCAAGGACCCGACGCAGCGAUGGCUCCGGGAACUCGCUGCAAUGAGCCAGCAGCUGCAGCAGGUUCACCCCAACGUCCUGGCCAAGAUCCUUAAGCAGAGAACUCUAUACCAGAAUGAGGAGAUUGUGGUGAUAGACAAACCCUACGGGCUCCCUGUGCACGGCGGCCCCGGCAUCAAGAACUGCAUCGCUGACGUGCUGCCCAUUUUGGCCAAGAUGCUGGAGAACAUGAGAGCUGAGGCCCUCCACCUCUGCCACCGGCUGGACAAGGAGACCACGGGUGUGAUGGUGCUGGCACGGAGCAAGGAGGCAGCAGAGAAGAUCCGUCUGCUCUUCAAAACCCGUCAGGUGGAGAAGAUCUACUGGGCAAUUGUCCUGGGGGACCCAGACCCUGUUGAGGGCGUUGUGGAGAUCCCCAUUGUGGAGAAGGAGGUGAAGAGCCACCAAUCCCACUACAAGAUGACGCUGGCUCCCAGGUUCCGCGUGUGUCCGGAGGAUGGCCGGGUGGUGAAGGCGCGCGGGGAUCGGCACGCCGAGCGCGCGGUGACGCGGUACCGCCGGCUGGCUGCUGCCUCUGCCUGCUCCCUGCUGCAGCUGCAGCCCAUCACCGGGGUGAAGCACCAGAUCCGGGUUCACCUGGCCUAUGGCUUGGGAUGCCCCAUCCUGGGGGAUCACAAAUACUCACAUUGGAGCAAACUGGCGCCCCAGAAACUUCCUGAGCUCACCCUGAGGAGGCUGAAGCUGGAGCAGAGCAAGGCUCGGCACCUGCCCCUGCACCUGCACGCCCAGCGCCUCUCCCUGCCCCUGGGCCAGCCCUUGGACUUUGUCUGCAAGCUGCCCCUCUUCUUCCAAAAAACCCUGAGGAAGCUGGAGCUGGACAUCCCCAAGGACUGACGAGGCAGGACUGGAAUGGUGCCAUGUAUCUCCGCACCUCCAGCACGUGGCAGCAGCUGUGCCCACCUUGGAGCCAGUGGUGGGGUGAAGCCUGCAGUCUCUGUGCUAGUGCUGAGUGCUGGAUUCAGAGUGGGUGCCUACAUGGGCUUUUGGCCCAGGAAAGCAGCUGGACAUACUGAGGAGCCUCUAGGAGAGACAAACACGGCUGGGUGAAAGUUGGGCUUUGCCUGAUUUGUGCUUUGAACUUGUCUGUGAGCAAUAAAGGUUCCAGUUCCCUUGAGGGAAGGUGGUGUGUGUCUCUGUGCUCUGGCUGGGUGGGACUCAGUCCCUGUGUAGCUUUGAGCAGACCUGGUUGCAGCCCCUCCCAGAUUUUGGAGCUGUUGUCUCUCCAGAGUUGUUUGGCUCAGAUUUGGAGAGUCUCUUCACUGGAAAAUCCAUCAAAAGUGCAAUUUGGCAGUGGCUGUGGUAUUUUUUUGCUGCGUUGAGAGACUGCACAACACGGAGUUGCUUGGCUUGGCUGGGCUGAGCAGCUCUGACACUGCCCCUGCUCUGUGCUGCCAGCAAGCAGCCUUGGUGUGAGUUUCUCAGCACUGUGCUGCUGGGAAACUGUUCUGUAACUGCUCCUUCAGUCACCUAUUCCUUAUUUUUAGAAUCCCUUAUGGGGGUCCCCUGCUCUUGGGAGCUUUUCUUGGGGCCAGAUUCUUCUGCCUGUGCCCUGAGAGGGAGGAAGAGGAGGGAUCGCUGAUAAGGGGUGUUGCGGUGUGUGGGGAAUUGCGGAUGUUCUGCCUCACUAUUACCUCAUUUGGUGUCUCCUGACCUGUCUGAGGAGCUUGGAGCUGGGCAGCAGGAUGUUCUCUGGCCCCUCUGGCUGGUUUGGAUGCUGCAAAGGGGAUUUUAUACCCCCUAGGGCCACUGUGUACCUGGCUGGGGCUUUUUGCUGUGGGAGGGCCCAGUCCCCUGGCUCUCUGCUGAAAAUAGCUGGGGACCCCCAUGCCCUGAGGCCACAGCGCCAGAAAUCUGCUGGCUGAUGAGAGAGGGCGGUAAAACCACGGGGAGCCGGGAGCGGCCGCGGCCGGGCAGGAACGCUGCCCUGCAGGAAUGCUGUCAGGGAGCAGAGCUGCGGUGCUGGGGUGGGUUUUUUCUAUUUCUGCUUGUGAAAAGGUUUCCCCUGUAAUUACGAGGUGAUUUAACGCCCUGCCUGAGCUGUCGUUCACAGCUGCCGGACACAGCGCUCA